AUGGCUCUUUCUUUCACUAGAUUUUCAUGGUGGUGGUUGGCAGGGAAAGAGAGAGAGCAGGUCUCUAAUGGGUCAUCGAUAAAUUCUUUGUCUGAUUGGGGUUUAGGAUUGAGAGGAGAGCCCGAAGGAUUGAAGUUUCCCUCAGUGAAGGGGACUAAUAGUAGAAUGCCCCCUUCGAGUUCGAAUAGAAAACUGAAAAGGAAAUGGAAGAGUAGGGAGGAGAGGAGGAGGAGGAUUGACAAGGAGUAUGAUGUGGUGGUGGUGCCAUCAGAUGGCGUUUGUUUAUCGGGAUCCGAAUCUGACGACUCGGACUGGUCCAUCGGGUGGUUGGAGCCACACGCCCCCGAUUUCCAGAGUGAUGAUGAGGCAGAUAGCAGUUUUGCUGUGUUGGUCCCCUGUUAUAGGCAUGAUUGCAAAGAAUUAGUGAGCGACGAGGAGGAGGAAGGGAUGGGUAGUCAGUUCCUGAGUGCAAUUAGAAACCUUCCAAAUCAGUACUCUGCUGAGGGAAAGAAGUACAUGGAGCAAUGGCUUUCCUCUUUCAACAAUUAUUGA